AUGACUGACCAAAAAACUGUUGUUAUUCUUGGUGCGGGAUGGGCCGGUUUGCCGCUCGCCCACAAGUUACUUAAAUAUACUUCUUCUAAGACGGCCAUCGAAGUCAUCUUGGUAUCGCCAAACAGCCAUUUCUUCUGGAACGUGGCGGCUACCAGAGGUCUUAUUCCCGGAAUGAUUCCAGAUGAAUCGAUGUUUAUCCCCAUUGCUACUGGAUUUGACCAUUACGCGGUCGACCUAUUCGAAUUUAUACUUGGCAGAGCCACUGACAUCCAAUCAUCAUCGAAUUCAGUUACUAUCCUUACCAACACUGGUGGGAGUAGGACUUUGCAAUACCAUCAAUUGGUGAUAGCAACAGGCUCGAGAUUGGCUGGCGGACUGCCACUAAAACCUAUCGGUACGCAUGAGGAGACCCUCGCCGCGUGGCAUGAGCUGCAAGCAAACGUCAGUCGCGCCAGAGACAUUGUCGUCGCUGGUGCAGGUCCAACUGGUGUCGAGAUUGCGGGAGAGUUAGCCGCAAAGUUUGGAAAGCUUAAAAAAAUUACGCUUAUUAUGCGUGGUGAUGUCCCACUAGAGAGCUCCAGCGACGUACUCUCUUCUGUUCGAACAACUCUAGACAAAGACUUACAAAAGCUCGGUGUCGAACUCAUCCGCAAAACUUGUGUGAAAGCCGUUGAGGCCGGUGAUGAUGGCAAGACACAAGUUUUGAUUCUGGACAAUGGGUCAAGGGUGAUUACCGAGUUAUAUCUUCCAUGUCAUGGAAUUCGACUAAACAACGGCUUCAUUUCCACCGGUUUCCUUGAUCCCCAGGGCAAUGUGAAUAUUGAUGACAAUAUGCGCGUGGUGGGCACAGAGAACAUUUGGGCUAUUGGCGAUGUGAGCAACGCUGGUCCAAAGCAGCUCACUGUAACGGAUAACCAGAUUGUCUACUUGGCGGGCGCAUUAGAUACUGCUUUGACAGGGAAGGAUUCUAUUGCACCUUACCAGCCUGUAAAAAAAACGAUGAUCUUUCUAUCGCUGGGAAGAAAGUACGCGACGGGGCAGAUUGGUAGCUGGAAACUAUGGGGCGCAUUGGUGUCAUACGUCAAAGGCAGGAACUUGUUUGUUGAUACUGCAGACGGCUAUGUUAGUGGGAAGCAUCUUAGACAUUCGUCCAUGUAG